CCACUUUUAUCUCGCAUAAGCCUAUCCUGUUUCAAACUGGUAGGUCGAGGACUGGAGAUGAACUCACUGGCAUUUUCAGUUGGGACUGUGAAUCCCAGAAAGUUUAGCACACCCAAAACAAGAUCACUCAUAAAAGACUUUGAUUCCACAAAAACAUCAAAUAUCAGUUUCUCAAGCCAAUCCAAAAACAGCACUUCGCCUCCUGCAACCCAGCAAAAUGUAAACCCAACUAUCCUAGGGAGAAGAGAAGCACUUGGUUUUGGCUUCUGUUUUGGCUUGCUUGAGGCUCUCCUGCGACCAGAAGCCAGUGCAGCAGCAGCCAACGCUGCUCCAUGUGAACUUACUGCAACACCUUCAGGCCUCGCCUUCUGCGAUAAAGUUGUUGGAACUGGCCCCGAGGCUACCAAAGGACAGCUGAUUAAGGCACACUAUGUUGGCAAAUUGGAGAAUGGGAAGGUUUUCGACAGCAGCUACAAUCGUGGGAAGCCUCUUACAUUUCGUGUCGGUGUUGGUGAGGUCAUCAAGGGCUGGGACCAAGGAAUUCUAGGAGGUGAUGGAGUACCUCCCAUGCUUCCUGGGGGGAAACGCACACUGAAGCUUCCUCCAGAACUUGCAUAUGGCGUGAGAGGGGCUGGGUGCAAAGGAGGUUCCUGUGUUAUUCCCCCGGAUUCCGUUCUCCUCUUCGAUGUGGAGUUUGUUGGCAAGGAAUGAGAAGUAGCAGCCACUGGCCAAAGAGCAAGGUCUCUGAGUAACCUUCUUUUAUUAUUUUUACUCUUAAAGAGGAGAAACAUAAAGUUUCUUCCAUAUACAAAUUACUCUUAAAGAAUGUACAUCAUUAUCAACUAAAGAGUGAAUUGACCUUUUGAAAACUAUUCAGGGCAGCAACAUUUUUUCCCAUUUUCUGGCCCUUCUUGAGGCAAUCAAGUUUGCAGUUCAAUGUA